UCCCUAAACAUAGUCAUGUGACAAACAAAAGCAGGAAGAAAACACAAGCGGUCCAGAAUGAGAGAAGCCCUCCUGUGUUUCCUCCUGGCGGCUCCAGUGCUGCUGGUUGCCGGAAGCCCAGUUUAUAAAUCCGACAAUGGGACCGUACCACUGGUGAUCUGGCAUGGGAUGGGCGACAGCUGUUGUAACCCGCUCAGCAUGGGGGCCAUGAAGAAGAUGAUCGAGGAGGAAAUCUCUGGCAUCUACGUGCUCUCACUGAUGAUUGGGAAGAAUGUCGUUCAGGACACAGAAAAUGGGUUUUUCCUGAAUGUGAAUGAGCAGGUGUCCAUGGCGUGCAGUCAGCUGGCCCAGGACCCCCAGCUGAAGGGAGGGUACAACGCCAUGGGCUUCUCCCAGGGGGCGCAGUUUCUGAGAGCCGUGGCUCAGCGCUGUCCCUCUCCACCAAUGAAAAACCUGAUCUCUGUCGGGGGCCAGCACCAAGGUAACAUCAUUAAAAAAAAAACAUUUAAAAAAACCCAGCUCACUUCCCUUGGCAUAGCUGCUGCUGCAAACCAUUUCUGUUUCUUUUUGUGUUUACUGAUCACACAGAGUUAAUGAAUGGAUACAUCU